GAGACCCUUGCGCGGCCAAACGACUCAAGAGAACUCUCCUCGCAGUUCGGUUUACCCACAGAGCCGCUGAGCCCAAUAGUUGAUAGAGUUGGAGCGAGUAAGAACUGUCUGCGGACUGAGUGACAGGCUUUGUAGCAUUAUUUAGUGUCAAGCAAGUGUCCUUCGAACAAAGUAGUUUGGUUCAAUUUGGUUCCAUCUCACAAAGGACGUCGCUCCUUUACCCGCCAGGAGUUUACAGGCUAUCCGUUAGAGGGAACGGGCUAGCUAGAGCAGGCUAGCUAUCUUUAGCCAAGGGGCUGUGUUUAGUUGGUCGUUAUUAACGGGGGUCAACUGGUUUAUUCGACCACAAUAGAGAAGAGUGCACCAACUCCGGCCUCAGUCGAGCUCGAAACCCUGCAGCGUAUGUGGGAAGGCGCUGAGCAGUCGGAAGGGCUUCCUUGUGUUGUUGUUUUUAACACCAGCGAGCUAGCUUUGUCCUUUGUAGCUGGGGGUUGUUGAUAUAUUUAUCUCAAUCGGUGUGGAAUAUGGCUCAGCAUGGUCACCAUGUAGCCAGUUCCCAAAAAGCACUAAUGCUAGAAAUGAAAAGUCUUCAAGAUGAGCCAGUGGAAGGUUUCAAAAUAACUUUAGUCGACGAGUCGGACAUGUACAAUUGGGAAGUGGCAAUAUUUGGACCCCCAAAUACACACUACGAAGGUGGUUAUUUUAAGGCCCGGAUGAAGUUUCCUAUCGACUACCCUUACGCCCCACCUGCCUUCCGCUUUCUCACCAAGAUGUGGCAUCCAAACAUCUAUGAGAAUGGAGACGUUUGCAUCUCCAUCCUGCACCCUCCUGUGGACGACCCUCAGAGCGGAGAGCUGCCCUCGGAGAGAUGGAACCCCACACAGAACGUCAGGUGAGCCACAGCGACAGCCUGUCAGCCGGGCUCGUCAGGGGCCCCCAAACCUCCACAG